GUCUAUGACCGUGCGGCGCGGAUCUGCGGCUCCAGCGCGCGGAAGCUGCAGGAAUGGAGAUGAAUCAAAUUGUUGGUCUUGGCAUUUCUACACAGAGGGCAACUUUCAUUACUUGGAACAAGAAAACGGGAAAACAUUUUCACAAUUUCAUUAGUUGGCAAGACCUAAGAGCUAUUGACCUUGUAAAAUCUUGGAAUAGUUCUCUUCUAAUGAAGUUAAUACACAGUUCCAGCCGAGUACUUCACUUUUUUACCAGAAGUAAACGAUUUUUAGCAGCCAGUUUGUUCACUUUCACAACCCAGCAUGUUUCUUUGAGAUUGGCCUGGAUUAUACAGCACCUCACGGAGGUGAGAAAAGCAAUUGAAGAAGGAAAUUGUUGCUUUGGGACUGUUGAUACCUGGUUGUUACAUAAGCUCACCAAAGGUUCUGAAUUUGCUACAGAUUUUUCAAAUGCUAGUACAACUGGACUUUUUGAUCCAUAUGAAAUGUGCUGGAGUGGAUUUGUUACCUCCCUGCUUUCCAUACCCCUCACUGUCCUACCUCCUGUGAGAGAUACAAGCUUCAAUUUUGGAUCAGUGGAUAAAGAGAUAUUUGGUGUGCCUAUACCAAUAGUGGCCUUGGUCGCUGACCAGCAAUCAGCCAUGUUUGGAGAGUGCUGCUUCCAGACAGGAGACGUGAAAUUAACCAUGGGAACUGGGACAUUUUUGGAUAUUAAUACUGGAAAUAAACCUCAACAGAGUGUUGGAGGCUUUUACCCAUUAAUUGGGUGGAAGAUUGGGCAAGAAGUUGUAUGUUUAGCUGAAGGCAAUGCAGGAGACACUGGUAGUGCCAUAAAGUGGGCUCAGCAAUUGGAUCUUUUCACAGAUGCUGCUGAGACUGAAAAAAUGGCUCAAAGUUUGGAAGAUUCUGAAGGAGUUUACUUUGUUCCAUCUUUUAGUGGAUUGCAGGCUCCAUUGAAUGACCCCUGUGCAUGUGCCUCUUUUAUGGGUUUGAAGCCUUCAACCAGUAAAUACCAUCUUGUACGAGCAAUAUUGGAGUCAAUAGCUUUCAGAAACAAACAGUUAUAUGAGGUGAUGCAGAAAGAGAUCCAUAUUCCAGUAACAAAAAUUCGGGCAGAUGGAGGAGUUUGUAAGAACAGUUUUAUCAUGCAGAUGACUUCGGACCUGAUUAAUGAGAAUAUAGACAGGCCAGUCCAUAUUGACAUGUCGUGCUUAGGUGCAGCUUCUCUAGCUGGCCUUGCUGUUGGUUUCUGGACUGACAAAGAGGAGCUAAAGAAACUGAGGCAAAGUGAAACAGUUUUCAAGCCACAGAAGAAAUGGCAAGAAUAUGAAAUUAGUAUGGAAAACUGGGUCAAAGCUGUGAAACGUUCUAUGAAUUGGUAUAACAAGACAUAG